AUGAUAUUAUACGGAUGUCAAAUUUGGAUGACUGGUACAGUCAGAAUACAGCAGAAGCUCCAACAAAUACAGCGGAUUAUCCUACUAAAGCUGACUAAAGCAUUUACUACGACACCCACCACAGCCCUACAGGUGCUAGCAGGCACCCUGCCGCUCGACCUCAAGGCCGAAGGAGAACGUUGUAUUUAUCGCCUUACUCGUGGAAAGCAAGUCCACAGAAUCCUGGACACUGAGAUAGAUGAUCUUUGCAUUAAGCCAAUAUCCUAUACCCACUCAACACACCCGGCAAAAGUUAAAAACUUCAACUGGACGAAGACACUCCCGACAGGAAAAUCUCUAGAGAUCUUUUCCGAUGGAUCAAAGAUUCACGACAAAGUCGGCGUGGCUUUCAUCGCCCUCCAUAACAAGGAGCCACUUUAUAAAGCAGCUAAAAGACUGAGCGAUCACGCCACUGUGUUUCAAGCAGAGUCGAGAGCCUUAAAAGACGUCGCCCUCUGGGCCAAACAGUUCAACUCUAUAGAAAUUAACUUCUACACCGAUAGUAUGAGUGUCCUCCAAAGUCUGAAUAAAGCUGGGGUCAUCCCAGUUCACAUAGCAGCACUAAAGGAAAUCUUGGCAACGCUAGGGGACUCUCUCCACUGGAUCAGAAGGCCACCAAGGCACCGCAGGGAACGAAUAUGCCAACAGACUAGCGAAAGAGGCAACGGACUACCAUACUCCAGACUGCCCCACUCCACUCUCAGAAGAUGCCGCUAA